CAACAACACCGCCAGAACUCGCCUUCUGACCCGCCGACGCACCCACGCAGGCCCCGCCGACGUGCCAUGAAGCCGCCCGAGCCUCGCGCAUGCCCGUAGUCUGUCUUCCGCGCCGCGCUCGCGCCCUUACAACCCGCUUUCCUGCGAUCCCGCGCGAAUAGUCCGCAGCCUGCACCAUGGCGUCCGCAGGAGGGGGGAACAUCAAGGUGGUGGUGAGGUGCCGGCCCUUCAACAGCAGAGAAAUCGGCAGAAACGCACAAUGCAUCGUUCGCAUGGAAGGCGGCCAGACGGUCCUCACGCCCCCUAGCAACAUCGACGCCAAGGGCAAAGCCGCCAAAGCCGCCCUCGAGGGCACCAAGACCUUCGCCUUCGACAAGUCGUACUGGUCCUUCGACCGCGCCGCCCCCAACUACGCCGGCCAAGAGCAUCUCUUCGACGACCUCGGCAAGCCGCUGCUCGACAAUGCCUUCCACGGCUACAACAACUGCAUCUUCGCAUACGGCCAGACGGGCUCGGGCAAGUCGUAUUCGAUGAUGGGCUACGGAGAGGAAUAUGGCAUCAUUCCCAAAAUCUGCCAGUACAUGUUCGAGAGGAUUACGGCCAUGCAGGAGGACAAGAACUUGAGCUGCACUGUCGAGGUGUCGUAUUUAGAAAUCUACAACGAGCGCGUCCGUGAUCUGUUGAACCCGUCAACCAAGGGGAAUUUGAGGGUCCGCGAGCAUCCGUCGACAGGUCCGUACGUUGAAGAUUUAGCCAAGCUGGUGGUUCGCUCCUUUUCAGAAAUUGAAAACUUGAUGGACGAGGGAAACAAGGCCCGUACCGUUGCCGCGACGAACAUGAACGAGACCUCUUCGCGAUCGCACGCCGUCUUCACCCUUACCCUUACCCAGAAGCGCCACGACGUAGAGACAAGCAUGAGCGGAGAAAAGGUGGCAAAGAUCAGUCUGGUAGAUCUGGCAGGUUCAGAAAGAGCUACGUCUACGGGAGCCACCGGAGCGCGUCUGAAAGAAGGAGCGGAAAUCAACAGAUCGCUGUCGACCCUUGGCCGUGUCAUUGCGGCGCUCGCCGACCUGUCUACGGGAAAGAAGAAGCAUACCCAGGUUCCAUAUCGAGAUUCCGUCUUGACAUGGCUCUUGAAGGACUCCCUGGGAGGCAACAGUUUGACAGCCAUGAUUGCGGCCAUCUCUCCAGCCGAUAUCAACUUCGAGGAAACGCUGUCAACCCUGCGUUAUGCCGACUCCGCCAAGCGCAUCAAGAACCACGCCGUUGUCAACGAGGAUCCGAACGCACGCAUGAUAAGAGAGCUGAAAGAAGAGCUUGCGCAACUCCGGUCCAAGCUCAGCGGUGGUGGCUCUCCUGGUCUGAUAGAAGAACAGUACGCUCCGGAUACCCCACUGGACAAACAAAUCGUGUCCAUCGCGCAACCCGACGGUACCGUCAAGAAAGUAUCCAAGGCUGAAAUCGUGGAGCAGCUGAACCAGUCCGAGAAGCUGUACAAGGACCUCAAUCAGACAUGGGAGGAGAAGCUUGCCAAGACGGAGGAGAUCCACAAAGAACGCGAGGCUGCUCUGGAAGAACUGGGCAUCAGCAUCGAGAAGGGCUUCGUUGGCUUGUCGACACCUAAGAAGAUGCCGCAUUUGGUCAACUUGAGCGAUGAUCCCCUACUCGCCGAAUGCUUAGUUUAUAAUCUAAAGCCCGGGACGACUACCGUUGGUAACGUGGAUUCAGAAGGCCAAACGGCCGAUAUUCGCUUAACCGGCUCCCAAAUUCUGCACGAGCACUGCACAUUCGAAAACGUGGAUUCUGCUGUGACCGUUAUCCCCAAGGACAACGCGGGUGUCAUGGUUAACGGUAUCCGCAUCGACAAACCGAAGAGAUUAAGGAGCGGUUUUCGAAUCAUUUUGGGCGACUUCCACAUUUUCCGCUUCAAUAACCCACAAGAAGCUCGAGCUGAACGUGCCGAGGUGGGCACGAGUCUGCUUCGUCACUCAGUAACUGUGAGCGCACUGAGCUCACCUUCGCCGCGACCAGGUCACGACAGAUCAUACAGCACAGUUAGCAGAGCAGAGUCCGAGUUUGAUUCAGAUAGUCCUCGAGCUGUGUCGCCCGCUCUUUUCCAACGUGGAAGGGAUUCAGACUGGUCGUUUGCUCGCAGGGAAGCUGUAACCGCGCUGUUGGGCUCCGACCAGAAGCUCACAUCCAUGUCAGACGAAGAGUUUGAUACUCUGUUUGAGGACCUCCAGAAGCUUCGUGCGACCCGCAAAGCCCGACCGGAAAGCCGAUUUUUUGAUGGCGAUGAGGAUAUGGAGUCUGUAAGCUCGUAUCCUGUUCGGGAGAAGUAUGCUUCUACUGGAACCAUCGACAACUUCUCUUUGGAUACUGUUUUGACGAUGCCUUCGACCCCGCAGCCGGGCGAGGAGGAAGACCGAUUACAGCAGGUCCGAGAAGAUAUGCAAGAGAAGCUCGAUAAACAGAAAGAAGAGUAUCAGGCGAAGUUGAAAUCCGCUGAAGAAGCCAACGUCGAGAUUGAAGAGAUCAGAGCGGAGAAGGCAAGGAUGGAAGAGAGCCUCCGAACAGCAAAGGAAGAAAUGCAGAAACAACUCCAAGAGCAGAAGGAGGCGUUUCACCGUCAACUGAAAGAGCUCGGUCACGAACCGCCACCAGAGAUAAACGGAGACGACUCGACAGUGCCGACCGAGAGACAAACGGAGCUGGCUAAGGACGCGUUCCAGCAGUGGCGGCAGCGCAAAUUUGUCACCAUGGCGGAGACGAUAUUGCAGAACGCAGCAACCUUAAAGGAAGCGCAAGUGAUGAGCCAGCAGAUGGACAAACACGUCGUGUUCCAAUUCUGCAUCGUCGAUGUUGGCCACAACGUUCCCUCCUCGUACGACCUCGUCCUCAACGGGAUCCCAGGGGAGGACGACGAGUUCCUUGAGACCACUCCGAAGCCCUGCGUUGGCGUACGGGUCGUCGACUUCAAGAACGACGUGGUUCAUCUAUGGUCGCUACAGAAGCUCCGUUUCCGCGUGCGGCUAAUGCAUCAGAUGCACCAGUACAUGAGCCGCCCAGAGUACCUGCAACACUUCAGCCUCGAAAAUCCCUUUUCCGAACCCUGUAUGCCGGAGUUUUCUCGCAUCGGCGAUGUCGACGUUCCGCUUGCUGCUGUUUUUCAAUCGAGAGUGCAGGACUUUAAUCUCGAUGUCAUUUCACCUUACACGACGAAUGUAGUUGGCAUUAUCCGGCUGGCCUUGGAGCCAUCGUCCGCGGAGGCCCCUUCAACUACUCUGAAGUUCAACGUCGUUAUGCACGAUCUGGUUGGCUUUCCGGAGAGAGAAGGGACACAAGUGCACGCACAGCUUUUCGUGCCAGGUAUAUCAGACGAGAGUGGCGCCACCACCACCCAGAUGAUCACGGAUUUCGACGAAGGCCCGGUACGAUUUGAAAGCGUGCACAGCAUGAGCCUCCCGUAUCCCAGCCCGAGGACAACCUUCCUACGUGUCUCCAUCUUCGCCAAGGUCACCUCCAUGCAUCUCGAUAAGCUGUUGAGUUGGGAUGACAUGCGCGACUCCGCACCGAAGCCCAAGCAAAAGCGCCAUAACGCACGCCUUCCGGAAUCAGAAUUUUAUACUGAGGACAUGCAUGACAUCUUCUCGCGCAUUCAGGUCCAGGAGAUCUCAGAGGAGGGCACCUAUCAACCAGUCGAGGUCAUUCAGAGCGGCGUCAUGGAUGCGGGUGUAUACCAGCUACAUCAAGGCCUUCAGCGGCGCAUCGUGGUAAAUUUGACGCAUACAUGUGGCGAGACACUGCAAUGGCAAGACGUCACCUCGAUGCGUGUGGGCCGCAUCCGCCUGCUCGACGCCUCAGGCAACGCACCUGCUCUGGACAGCCCCGUCAAGGAAGUGCCCGUGAAACUCGUCUCCCCGCCCGUCGUCAAGAACAACGCAGACGGUACUACAAACGUGACCUUCGUUGGGCAAUGGGACUCCUCAAUGCACCGGUCGCUCCUGCUCGACCGCGCCACGCCAGACAAGUACCGCGUCCAAGCAUCUCUCCUCUUCAACGUGACAUCUGCCAAGCUCGCCGAACCCAUGGUCUUCUCGCUCGAUCUCUCCCUCCAAAUCCGCUCACGUACUUAUAUUCGGCAAGCCUCGCUAUUCUCGUUCUCGACUUUCUUCACGCCCCAGCGCGUCAUACACUCCACGGUUGGCAUCUUCAGCGUCGCCAUCCGGCCCACAAGCGUUAAGCGCGCGACCGAUCUAUGGCGAAUGAAUACGCGCGAUGACUACAUCAAGGGCGAAGAGCAGCUCAGCGGCUGGACACCGCGCGGCGUCUCACUCGUGCGAGACUACAUCGCCCUCCAGAAGCGCCGCCGCCGCAUCGCAGAGAUAGAAACCGCGCGCUCCGUCCUUUCCUCUCGCGCGCUAACCACAUUCCCUCCCUCAAAAUUCUCUUCAGAGCUUGACGACCGGCAAAAGGAGCUCCUCAACAAAGUGGUUUCCCUGUGGCAGACGAAGAAAGCCCCCGCAGAAAUCAUCUUGAACCCCACGAACCUCGAGCCGCCCACAAACGGCGCCGCUUUCGCACCCCAACCUCCUUCCCCUUCCCCAACGCGCUCCCCGAGCCUCAUCGCGACCGUCCGCUUCGUCCCCAAGAACCCCGACCUCCUCAAAUCCUCCUACCUCCUCACGCCCGACCCCACAAACACGCGCUGGAUCCGCCGCUUCGUCGAGCUGCGCAAGCCAUAUCUGCACAUCUACUCCGCCGAAGGCGACGAGCUCAACGCGAUCAACCUGACCAACGCGCGCGUCGACCACUCACCGCAGAUCGCGCGGCUCCUGGGCGGCAGCGCAGGCACGGGCGCGAACGGCGUCAAUGGAGCAAGGUCGUCGUCCGGGACCGCCGGCGACACCGUCUGGGCCGUCUUCGCGCGGAGCAAUACGUAUAUUUUCCGCUCGCGCAGCGAGAGGGAGAAGAUUGAGUGGAUAUUGCGCAUUGAUCAGUCGUAUUUUAGCAGCUCGGGGAGCGAUACGCCGGAGGAUUGAGUAUGGGUGGGCGAGUUGGUGUUAUUUGUACGAUGUGCUGUGCUGUGCUGUGCUGUGCUGUAUAUGGGUGGCGAUGUCUUGAACUUACUUGCUUACUUACUUACUCUUUCUUUUGUAUACAUCACUCAUAGCCGGAGCUGAGCUGAGCUGAGCUGAGCCGGCAUGACUGCGCUUUACACUCUAUUCGCUCUUUUUCCUUUGUACACUCGGCGGCUGGGUUGGAUAAGCUACGCUAUGGGAGAGAGAGAGAGGGAGAGCAUAGAGAACCGGUCGGCGUUUUGUUGGUUUUUGCGGGAUACCCCAGAGCACGCAUUGGCUCGUCAGUGUCGAAAAGAAAGAAAGAAAGAAUGGAUGAUUGGAAAGACAAUUCUGGUAUUAGUAGUAUGUGAAAGUUCCAGUCGAAGGAAGGGAAAUA